GAAUCUUUUCGGAAGACCGAACGGGUUCUUUUCGGAAGCGAAAACUUCUUAAGUGUUUGGUCAGUGGUAGUAGCACAUUCCCGGAUGGGAAAUGUUUACAGCGAUGCGGUAAAAAAAAAUUGCGCAAGAUCUGUUUCAAGUGCGAUAUGGUGCUUGGAAUUCGAAGGCAUGGCCCAAUUUUAAUUAUUGGUCAUUGUAUCCCUCUUGAGUGGUCCAGUUAUCUCUGAUCUCGGUUGUGAAUUUACGUUUUGGUGGUGGCAAGGGAUUCUUUUGGAGGAGUUGAAGGAAUCCGGGGCUCUUUCAAAUUAUGCCAUUAGAAAUGCUGACUCAGAAUAGGAGCUCGUUUGUCGGGACGAUGAAGGGGGUUCCGGAGGAGGAGGAAGAAGAGGAUGACGAGGGUGAAGUGUGGAGCUCCCGGACCACCCCUCCUCCUAAACUUCCCUGCACCUUAGUCCAACAGAUAGAAGAGGAUGGGGAGAUCUGGGAGGCCAUGAUUCCAGAGCCCCCUGAUGGUGGAUGGGGGUGGGUUAUAGUCAUGGCCUCAUUUAUGUGCAAUGUGGUAGUCGACGGUAUCGCCUACAGCUUCGGUAUAUUCCUUGUCCCAUUCGUUAAUUAUUAUAAGUCCAGUAAAGGAAAGACUGCUUGGGUGGGAUCCUUGCUUGCAGGAUGUUAUCUUAUAGCAGGACCUGUGGUUAGUGCCUUAACAAACAAAUUUGGUUGCCGUCCAGUAACAAUAGCUGGUAGCAUAAUUUCUUGUAUUGCAUUUUUACUAAGUAUAGCAGCGCCUACUGUAGAUGUCUUGAUGGUAACCUACGGCAUAAUGGCUGGAAUCGGUUUUGGUCUUAUUUAUCUUCCUGCCAUUGUCAGUGUCGGCUACUACUUUUCCACCAAGAGGGCAUUCGCCACGGGGAUCGCCGUCUGUGGAUCCGGCAUGGGGGCCUUCGUUUUCGCACCACUGACCCAAUUGCUUCUGGACGCUUACAGCUGGCAAGGUGCCAUGCUGAUAAUGGCCGGUCUCGCUCUGAACUGCUCUGUCUUUGGGGCACUCAUGAGGCCUUUGGAAGCUCCAGCAUUCAAGACUGAGUUGAAUGGGAAACCAUCUUUGCUAUCAGACAAAGGAAAGGCAGAUAGUGGUUUGGAACUGGUUCCAGAAGAUGGAGUACCUCUCAUCAACACUGAACCAGGCGUGCAGUCUACAUUGAAUCUGGAUCAGAUGCCAAGGAUGUCUCUUUCGCCAAUGGACGCCAACGAGGAUCAUUUGCGAAAAUCCAUCGAUGUGGUCCCUGGCUUAACAGUGACCAGCGUCACUCCAUCGGCUUCCUCGCAGAAAAUAGAUGGCACCUCGAUGGGGACGCUUUGUGAAGAAAAAGGUCCACCAAAAGCCACCAUGAAAGUUUGCCACAGCCAGAUUAAUGUCAAGGAUUUGCAGCAUAGAAGAUUCACGAUGCCGGCCACUAUGCCUGCUUCAACAAAUGUGCUAUGCCCGACUGCUAAUAAUAACUACGCUGCACAAGGAGCCGGGAGGGUAGAUUCUUGGACACCUGCUAGAAGGCAGCAGAGGCGCAUGUCCAGCCGCAAAGAUCUUGUCAGACCUCUCUACAGAAAAGAUAUCUUCUACAGUGGAAGUAUUGUCAAUCUGCCGCAAUAUCGCCAGUCGAAGGCUGAUAUCAGAUGCUAUAUAUCCAGCGUCACUACCAUACCACAACCAUCAGACGAUGAAGAGGAUGAUGCUCCAAAAAACAUCAAAUCAAAGCCGAAAAGUAAAUUCAGAUGCCCACGUCUUCCAAAAAGCAUGACAGACACACUAAAGGAGGCUUUAGACUUUUCAUUACUCACUGAGCCUGCUUUUCUUCUUGCCUGCAUCGCCAACAUCUUCGGCAUGUUGGGCUUCUAUGUGCCUUUCGUUUACAUCGCGGACAGCUCCGUAGAAAAGGGUAUAGGCCAAGAAGCUGCUGCAUUUUUACUAUCAGUCAUCGGCAUCACCAACCUAGUAGGCAGGCUCAUCUUCGGGUGGGUGGUGGACAGAUUCAAUUUCAAGGCAUUGGACGUCAACAACAUGUGCUUGGCAGUGAGUGGUAUCUCCAUCAUGGUCACGCCUUUCUGCCUUUCUUAUGCAUCCAUAGUAGCUGUUUGUACAUUUUUCAGUAUUUUUGUUUCCGCUUACAUAUCGCUAACAUCCAUCAUUUUAGUGGAGAUGGUUGGUCUGGACAGACUGACAAAUUCCUUCGGUCUCCUCAGCCUCUUCAGAGGCGCUUCAUCCAUUCUAGGGCCACCCCUAGCUGGCUCCAUCUACGACUGGACUGGAAGCUAUGACAUCCCUUUCUUCCUGGCCGGUGGUCUUUUGAUCUUUUCAGGCGUCUGUACCUUCUUCGUUCCCUGGUUACAAAGGAGAUCUAAAAUAAACAUUCAGUUCACAGUGGAUGAUGCGGAUAGUGGACGUCCGGAAAGCGAACCCACAACGUCAUUAUAAAAUUCCAAAUUUCAUAUGAGAAAUAAAAGUUGCAAGUUAUUCUAUCAAUUGAAGUGCCAAAUAGUAGAAUUUCUUAAUAAGUUUCUGGUGCUCAUGCAACAGGUGGACUUUAAACACGCCUAUUUAGCUGUGUCCCAAAUUGUAAAGAUUUUGGAAAAUUAUUGGAUAUAUAACAGAAAAUGAACCCAUUUGUUUCGUAUAACAGGUUUUAUUUUUCUCUUCAGAGCUUUUGAAAGAAAUGCACUGACCUAUUUAGCUGUGUCCCAAAUUGUAAAGAUUUUGGAAAAUUAUUGGAUAUAUAACAGAAAAUGAACCCAUUUGUUUCGUAUAACAGGUUUUAUUUUUCUCUUCAGAGCUUUUGAAAGAAAUGCUUGAUAUAAUGCUUUUAAACGAAUGUACUUUUUUUGUUUUCAUAUUCCUGAAUGGGAAACAACUCUUAUAUCUUCAAAGUAACUUUUAGUUUUUAUGUUUUUAAUGAACCUUUUAAUCAUCCGAAAUAACUGGGUCGAUAGCCUAACGACUUAUCUCUCAAUGCUCAGUCCACCUGGUUUAUUUUAAAUCUUUGUCUAACCAUUUUAUCAAUGGGAACUUUCAUGAAAACAGAAAAAAUGGAAGUAAGCCAGAUUUAUGUACGGACAAAGGCUCUUUUGGCUUUGAAAUAAUCUUCUAAUUAUUUGGUUUAUCAUGUUUUUAUAAAAUAAUCCGAAACAACGGAAUUGUAUUUAGUUAUAUAGACCUCCUAAUAAGGAUCGGUCUACAUGGUUUAUUUUAAUAUUUAUUGAUUAAAUACUUUAUACUCCUAAAUACUUUCAAGAUAUCAAAAAAUAGAAGUGAUUUCUAUCAACAUAAUGGAAAUAACACAUGCGAAUGAUUGCUGUUUCCUUUUACAAUUAAGGGCAAGUUCCAGAAAAUUCUGGUUUGAACCAGAAUCUUCAAAGUCAAUCCUUCAGAAAUGUUGAAAAUUUAAAUCUAUCAUUGGCAUAUACUGCUGAAAUGUAUUGCGCGUGUAGCCUUAAGAAUAGCCUUCAGUAAUGAAAAAUGGAAUUCUGUAUUGAAAAAACCGGAAGUAAAAAAAAUGCGGAAACUGCUAACGUAUUUUCCUUUUAAUGUAGAAUUCAUCCACUUUAUAAGUAAAUAUCUUAGAUUCUUUGAGUCCAUGUACUCAAAGUUUCUAACACUGCUUCUUUGUCAUUAAUAAUUUAGAAGGAAGUGAUUCCCUAGAAACUAUUUUAUCAAUAUUUAUAAAGAAAGAAACAUUGUCUCAAUUUUUGUCUAUUUUAUUCCAAAAUAAGUGCUGAUGUCGAACUUUGUCCUGCUUGAAACCAUUGAACUUUGGUGCAAAAAUGUGUUCGAAAAAAAUCUUAAGAUGCAUUUUGUAAACGAACGGCAACAGAUCUCUGUUUAUCAUGAUAAAUUGUUGAUCAACAUUUGUUUUCUCAAGGAAAGAGAUAUUUUUUAUUUUAAUUAUUCCAUUCAAUAGUUUGAUAGUACUUUUUCUGUCUCAAAGUCACAAAUGGAAGUUUGAAGAUAUAUCGCAAAUUUUCAAGGAUUUCAAGAGCUUAUUGAAAACACAAAAAUGCAAAUUUGUUAAUAGUUUUAAAACGUUAUCUUGUAUUUUUGUAUUCUUUUUGAAAGGUAUAAGUGAAUUAUAACAAAGUUGAAUUGUUUGCAAGUAGUAGAAUAGUUUAGAGGCUUUGAAAAUCUUCCCUAAAAUGGCAUAAUCAAAAUCAUAAAGCAUAUGAGUCUGUUACGUUUUUUUUUAUAUCUUUGUGUAUACGUUUUAUCACGUGUUCAUGCUGAGCAUUCAUUUCAGGAGUACCGAUAUUUAAUAUGUUAAAAAUUCAUCUCAUACAUAUUAAAUAUCAGUUCUCCUUGAAUUUUAAUUCGUAUCUCAAGUAAAAUUAAUAUUUAAAUAUUCAAAUUCUGUAUGAAUUAGAUUGUUAUUCUUUCUAGCUAUUUGAUUUAAUAGUAAAAAGAAUUGUCAAAUUGGGGGUUUUUUUAUUGGUAUCUAUCUCAACUAUUUAAAUGUUAUAAGCAAUUAAGUGUAUUGUAAUUAAUAUAUUUUAAAUCAAUUUAAUAAUAUAUGAAUUUAAUAAGGGAUUGAAAUCGAUAUACUCUUUUAUAUUUAAAGAGAAAAAGAAGAGUUUUUUCGUACUGUAUUGAAUAAUGAUUAAAUUUCUGUCAGUUUCUAUCAUUUACGUUAUAUUGAUAUUGAAUGAAAAUUAAAGUGAUACAUGUGAUUUUACAAUAUUUCAGUUUUCUCAGUUCAAUACAAACUAAAAUCUAAGAUCUGAUUUUAUCCAAUGCGUUAGCAUCUUACUAUAACUAUAUAAUAGGUAGCAUUAAUAACCAGUGAUAAAUAAUUGUUUUUGAUGAGAGACGCUUUAUUUAUAUUCAAAAGAAAGGCAGAAUUUUCAAUGAUAUUAUGGAAUUAUUCUCAAUUUUAAAUUCUAUAUUCUAAGGAAAUGUAUUGAUAAAGAAAAUCAUAACUCGUGAUAUCAUUUAUUGAUACAUGAACGGAUAGUCUUUCUCAUGAUUAUAUAGUUUUUAUUUCUCUGAUCCAAUUGUAAAUAUUACUCGCGAUUAUUAUUUUUUUAAAUUCUAUCUUAGCAAAAAAAUUUACCUAAUUUCUUUAUCUUUGUUAUCUAAUAAAAAAUCUUGACAAAAAUUUUUUUAUUGAAUUUUCAAAAGAUUUAGAUUGAUGUUUCAUUUUACUUUAUUUAAAUUGCAAACAACUGGUAAAUUGAAACAUGUCUUGUACUAAAUUCAAAAUAUUAUGAAUUGAUUUCUAAAUAUUAAAAAAUUGUUCCAGCAUCUCGAAAAAUAAUAUUUUCGCUGUGCCGUAUUAAUAACACUAGUGUUUAAUGAACUACACUGUAUCAUUUACAGGAAAAGGACUGAAUCCAGUUGCUAUGGCAACAGACAAGAAUAAAUAUUAUGUCUGGAAUAUUUUGUGCAGCUGAUUAAAAGUGUGGUAUUUUUAAUUAUUUUAAAUCUUUAGAAUUUUAUCUGCUCAUCAUUAUAUCCAUGCUGUUCAUUUUUUCCUCUAAAUGAAAUAUUCAUUCAGAGUAUUUGUAAUUGUCCACUCGUAAUGCAUUUUAACGUUUUAUAGCUUUAAGAGAUUAUUUUAUAUAAAAUAUAAUAAUGAAGUCUAUAAAGCAAUAUUUUAUAUUUAGAGUUGUGAGCAGUCACAUGCUAUCGCAUACUUGACAAAUUUUUCUCAAACGUUUAAAAUUAUUUUCAGUAUUGUGAUUUCCUCUCCAGGCAUUCCUUAUUCUAUGUCGUUUGUUCAUUAAGUACAAAAAAGGAUAAAUAAAUAAACCAGUGCUAUAUGACUGCUUCACGGAAAGAUUACUUUCUAAAUUAUUCUUAAAAAUCUUCUAACUCACUUCAGCAAUCUUUCAAUUUGUAAUAAAAUUUAAAUAUAGUUAAAAUUGAAAAUAAAUUGUUUUUUCUUAUUCUGAUUUUUGCGAAAUCUUUUAUAUUUAGUGGGAAGAUACUAUUUUUAAUUGAUUUAAAUUUUAUUCAUUGUCAAGUUAAUAAAAUUGCAAAACCUUGCAUAAUUGAAAUUUUGAAAAAACAUUUCGCCUUUUGAGUAACAUUUUUAAUCAAAUUAUUUAUAGACGAAUCAAUCUAUAAUAAAAUGACAAUAAUUUUGAAUUCAUAAAUGAUGGAUUUCAUUUUUGAAGAAUUCCGAUAAUCAAAGUUCAUUUGUAAAUUUCCUAAGAGGAUUGACUAUCUUUUAUAAGAAAAUAGUACAGUUUUCUAUGUUGUGAGUUUAUUUAUACAAAAUUUAUUGUUGUUAUUAUGAGCCAAUAGAUUUGUUUAUGGGCUUAACAACAGUAUAGU